AUGUCACUCUCUUUUCUUGCCAUGGUACAACUAACAUUAUUUCUCUUGAAUUUUCCACUUCUCACCAUUAAGAUCUUUUCAAUUUCUCAUGCUUGUUAUCCAUACAUAUCAAAUGUAUAUAAACACUCAGACACAGAAAUUUUCAAUAACAACGGAUCAUUUGCUUGUACUCUAUACCUUGAACUCAUUCACAGCCACCAAAGAUAA